AUGCGUCCUUCUUCCUGUAGCUCUACGGUCCUCGUGUUACUGAGCGGAGAAGCUGCUUUACUCUUCUCGGUCUUCUCGGCUCUCAGUCUAAAUCAUGCCUAAAGCCAAGCAGAAGAAGCGCAAGAACACCUUUCAAUACAACGUGAACCGAAAGAAACUCAAUCGCAAGGCGAAAAAGAAAUCCGCUCCACGGAUCUCAUGUGAUCAGAUCAGAAAUGCCUGGGAUGACUCGAAAUCUGUGGCAAGUAAUUUGGCAGACAUGGGACUGGCGGGUGACCCCAACAAAGUCCUCCCGAUUCAUGCAAACCCGGUUAAAGAGACAGAUGUUGAGAAGACACGGAUCAUUCGUAAGCCGUAUGUAAUAGAAGGGCUCAAAGUCGCAGCCAGUGUGCCAUCCAAGAAAACUAUGGGAAUAUCUUCUGACAUGGUCCAGUAUGUCCGUUACAUGGUGGAAAACUAUCGUGAAGACUACAAGGCCAUGGCUCGAGAUGAAAAGAAUUAUUACCAAGAUACGCCCAAGCAAAUCAAACGCAAAGUCAAUCUGUACAAGCAGCAUCAUUUAAAGGACUACGAAGCUCUGCUUUCCUCUGUUGCAAAGCCAUAGACAAUUCCACGUCUAGUAGAUGACCAAGACUGCGCAUGGGUGCGUGCUCCUUGUUGGUGGUCAUGAACUAGCCAUGCUUGAAGUGGCACGUGGGAGCAGUGUCUUCUCAUGCAAAGAAGUCACCCUACAGACCGGUGAAGAUUGUAUAGAUAUAAGUUGGACUCUGCUGUUGACCAGAGACUUUAUUUACACCAAUAAGGGCUCUGGAUUCUCAUUCAUUCAGUCAUCAAGUUUAAGAUAGCUACAACCACUGAUCAACACCUACCUUAGUCCAUUUUAAUAUGGAUUACGUUUAGUGGAUUACUGGCAUUUACAGAAACAGACCAACACUUUCUAGGUUCCUGUAAAACGAUAUUUUAAAGUAAAUUUUAUUAUGAG